AGACAGAAGUUGUAGAAGAAGAAAAACAAAGAAACGAUUUGGAACUUGAACGUUUCGCAGUCAUUGUCAUUUUAUUCAUUGUCCAGUAGGUGCCGGUAAUAUGCACUGCCCGCUUGCCAUCUGCUAGUAAACCCGAAAAAAAAGAAGGAAGGACGUUUUGUGAACUGGGAAUUCUUUUAAACAUUUAUCGCUGACAUUAGCCGGGGCGUUAGCAAGCUAGCUAGCUUAGCUUGCUAGCUAGGUCAUAAGCGGGGGUUUUUGUUUUUCCCCUAAAUGCGGUCGCCCGUUAAAAGCAGAUAACUUUAAAGGCUUGGGUGAAGGGCGCGUGAAAUGUCUUGUGUUGGAGCGAUGGCGUCAGCUCGGCUGCUGUGUUUGUUCAGUGCUAAAGCAGCAGGUUGGCGUGUUGUGUGUCUCCGGAGGCGUGUGUGCACUUCACCUUCCAGGCUGCACAGCUGCAUGUCGGCGUGGGUCAUCGAUCAGUACGGCACUAAUGAAAGUUUGAGGUACUCAGAGGAAAUCACACUUCCCAUUGUCAGCUGUGCCAAUGAGGUGAUGAUAAAAGUCCAUGCUUCCAGCCUGAACCCUCUUGAUGUAGCUAUGAGGGGUGGUUAUGGGGCUAAAUUAAUGAAGCUGCGAAAGGACCCAAUGUGCACGAUGGACGAUAACAGUGAGUUUCCUCUAAUCCUGGGUCGGGAUGUGUCCGGGGUCAUCGUGGACUGUGGAUCUGAAGUUAGCCACUUUAGUCCAGGUGAUGAGGUGUGGGCCGCUGUCGCCCCCUGGAAACAAGGCAGUCUGGCAGAAUUUGUGACUCUAAGAGAGUCCGAGGUUUCCCAUAAGCCAAAGUUACUGAGUCACCCUGAGGCAGCAUCUAUCCCCUAUGUCGCCUCCACAGCCAUGUCUGCGCUCGUCAACGUCGGCGGACUGUGCCGAAACAGCGCUAACAAUAAAAGAGUUUUGAUCACCGGAGGAUCUGGAGGUGUUGGAACGUUUUCUAUCCAGUUGUUGAAGGCCUGGGGCGCUCAUGUGACGGUUACCUGUUCACACAAUGCAGAGGGCCUCGUUAGAGGACUGGGGGCUGACGAGGUUGUGGACUACACAGCAGGAGAUGUGGCCGCACAAUUGGAAAGGAUGGAAAAGUUUGAUUUGAUUCUGGAUAAUGUGGGCGGAGACGCAGAACAUUGGGGUCUGGACUUGUUGAAACCCUGGUCUGGAGCAAAGUAUGUCACGCUGGUCACGCCUCUGCUCCACAACAUUGACUCCAUGGGUCUGCUGGGUGGGAUGUUUCAGUCUGGAUUCAUGCUGCAAAACAAGGCAGUACAGAGCAUAUUAUCAAACGGAACCUUCUACCGCUGGGGAUUUUUUGCUCCAGAUGGGCCUGCCCUGGAUGAGGUCAGCCUCCUGGUGGAUGCAGGGAAGAUCCUGCCAGUGGUGGAGGCACAGUUCCCAUUUACCCAGGUGCCUCAGGCCUUUCAGAAGCUAGAGAUGGGCCACGCCAGAGGGAAGACAGUCGUGAGGGUGACCGAAGAGGACAACUGCACCGCACAAGAUGAUGAGACGGUGCACGGUUACAUGGGGACUGCAGAGUCGGAGCGAGUGUAGGGAAAAAGUUGAGCAGAAAUGGAGACGACCAAAAGAUCCGUGAAUCUCCUCCAAAGCUUGAGUGCUUCCUUCAAACAGAGCAGAGGUGGCGCUGUUGUGUGGCCAGAUCUGUCGUGUUCUGCCAGAUCCAUCAAACCUCCAAGUUGUAACCUGCCACACACACAUCACACACACCAUAUGGAAAAAUUUGGCACUUUAACAGAUUUGAACGUCCUCUUGUAGCAAGGAAAGCAGACAGGACGAGUUUCCACCAUGUUGCAUUUUUGACAACUUCCAUCAGCACUUGGAAUUUUCCCACCUCAGCCUCCUUGGUUUAUUUUAUACCAGCUGCAAGAAUGUGCGACGCUUUUGAUGAAUUUAUUGACAAAACAUUUUUACAAUUGUAAGCACAAGAUCUACAUAUUUUGGAGACAACAAAGAAAAAAAAGACAUUUAAUAAGCAAAACGUUUUUUCUUGCCUCUUGUAUGCAUGCAGCCGGAGUAAGACAGAACAGUACAUGGAUAUAAAUGUUAACACUGUUUAACUUAAUUACAAACAGGCAAAUGUGUUUAUUGGGUUGAAAAAGACAAACUAUAAUCGUUAACGUGUCUGGACGUUUCAAACAUUUCACGUUCA